AUGGCCACCACCAAAAGUCUGUUUGUGCCUGACGUCUGCGGGUGGCUAGGUUCCAGUUGUGUGUGGGUGUACUUCUUUCUGGCCAGCCUCCAGGUAACAGGUGUGCUGUCCGAGCUGUGUGUGUACAGAAACAGCAAGUUCAACUCAUUCACCGACAGGUAUGACAAGCUGCUCACCACCACAGAAUGUCAGUGGGGAUGUUGCUACUACAGCGGAGCCCCAUGCUGCACAGCACCGGUCAGCUUGAUCGUGGGUGUGGUCCUAGGCAGUGUUCUGGUACUUUCCCUGGGGGUGGCUGUCCUGUGUUGUUGCUGUGUGUGUCGCAAGAACCAACAGAGAACCCAGCUGGUGAGAGCUGAAGGUCGAGCAAGGUCAACAGCCAGCCAACAAGCUGACGUUAUAUUUCACACAGAAACUAGCCAUGUGUCAGACUUACCGGAUGGCCAGCUGUAUAGUGACCUGCCACCCUCGUACGAUGAGGUCAUGAGAGGGGAGAGCAACCACACAUUUAAACAGGAGACUACAUAA